AGAUCAACGCUAUAAGCCGUGACAGUACCAUGACAAGGACACGACCAAAACUACUCGGUAAGUAUAACUUGCUUCAUCCACCUUUCAAGCAUUGUUUAGACUUGGUAUGUCAUAUCACAUAGUGUAAUCGAGUUAUCGACAAAAGUGAAGUUUCAUCAAAGUAUGUGUACGAGAUGUUAUGUACAGCGAAACCUCGCAUUACGAUCAUCUCCUUAUUGAGGUCAUUAACCAAUCAUAUGCCUUUAAUCUAUCCGAUUAAGCAAUCAAAUGCACACAGAGCAAGUGAGUGGUAUUGGAAGUCAAAUCUGAACCUUCCUCAUGUUGUAUUCUUUUCCUUUUCAAUCUAGGUCUACAUACCAAACCGACAACUGGACUAGGCAGAUGCCGAGCCGUGGGGCUCGGUCGUCCACGUAAAAAUAAUAAAGAUACUACGACCAAAACAAAUAAUACUUUAACACCAUUAUUAAAUUAUUUCGCGUAUCGAGGUCGUGAUAGGACAGAUACCAUAAAAAGUUGAAUUCGCAGAUACCAUAAAAAGGUGCCACGGUCUGGCUCAGAAAAAAUAUUUUAAUUAAGGGUCCACGCAUCAAGGUUAACGUUUUUUUGGGCACUAGUUAAUACUUAAGUCUUAAAAGCCAUGUUACACGAGGGAAUCUUCGCUGCAAAUUGCAACGCCAUUUCUGGCACAGCCAUUUUAUUUAGAAAGUUUUGCAAAAGAAUGGCCGAGAGCAUGGUCAGCAUUUUUUUCCACCGAGGUUUUUCGUCGUCUAAGUUCUAGCUCACAACAUGAAGAAGGCAAGAAAGAAAUGAACGAGAAUGAAGAACUACUACAUGCUUAAAGUUUUUCUGUCAGAAAUUGCGUUCCAAGUUCCAUCAAAAAAUUGCCCCGUGUAAAAUGGCCUUUAUGAGUUUUUAAUGGCAAUCAGUACACGUGUGGUUUGGCAACUCCAAGGCAUAAGGCAUAAUGACGUCACAAGGUUUGAUACCCGCGAGGAAUGCUGGUCUUAGUAGUCAUCGCCUGGGAAAAUUUCGAUAGUGGUCAUUUUGAAUUGUUUAAUUUUCCCGGGCGAUGACUACUAAGACCAGCAUUCUUCGUGGGCAUC